CUCGUCCCACCCGGCUCGCGCUCUCCACCCCCUCCCCCCCCCCACCCCCGCCCGCCGUCGAGCCGCCACACAGGAGCCUGGAAGCGUGGGGAGCAGAAUCUGCCUUUUCAUGGCCCCGGCCCCUUAAGACUGCCAUGGCAGCAGCUGCCACCGAUGACCCAGGCCAGAUUACCGCAGUAACGCCGGAGGACGAGGACGAGUGUGCCGCCGCCGCCGCCAAGCUUUUCGGAGGCAAGCCGCCGCGAUCGGAGAGAGCCGAGAGGGACGACCGCAAUCCCAGGAGCUGCGAGUGCGAGGUGUGCGGGGCGCUGUUCAGCACGCAGGACAAGCUCCGGAUCCACACCUACUGCCACACUGGUGAGAAGCCCUUCCGCUGCUCCCAGCCCCAGUGUGCCAAGGCCUUUGUCUCCAAGUACAAGCUUUUCAGGCAUAUGGCCACACAUUCUCCGCAGAAGACGCACCAGUGCACGUUCUGUGAGAAGAUGUUCCACCGGAAAGACCAUCUCAAGAACCACCUCCAGACCCACGACCCCAACAAGGAGGCCUUCAAGUGUGAGGAGUGUGGCAAGAACUACAAUACCAAGCUGGGCUACAAGCGGCACGUGGCCAUGCACGCGGCCACCAGUGGUGACCUGACGUGCAAGGUCUGCCUGCAGAGCUACGAGAGCACACCCGUGCUGCUGGAGCACCUCAAGAGCCACUCGGGGAAGUCCUCAGGCGGUGCCAAGGAGAAAAAGCACCCCUGCGACCACUGUGACCGGCGCUUCUACACCCGGAAAGAUGUGCGGCGCCACAUGGUGGUCCACACGGGGCGCAAGGACUUCCUGUGUCAGUAUUGCGCCCAGCGCUUCGGCCGCAAGGACCACCUGACCCGGCACGUCAAGAAGAGCCACUCUCAGGAGCUCCUGAAGAUCAAGUCGGAGCCGCCUGACAUGCUGGGCCUCCUGAACUCUGGCUCACCCAUCUCUGUGAAGGAAGAGUUCAGCCCCAUGAUGUGCAUGGCUUCUUCCAAAGACUCUAUGAUGAGCAAGUCCUUCAGUAACAACUUCCCCAUGGGCAUGUACAACCCCCACCUGCAAAGCAUGUCCAACUCGGGGGUGACGCAUAGCUUGAUGCCCAACUCUCUCUCUGCUGCCAUGGGAAUGGGCUGCCCCAUGGAGUCUCCUUCCCCCAUCCACCACCACUCACCCCCUCCCCAGCAGCCCCCACCGCCCAAGUAUCAGCUCGGAUCUACCUCAUAUCUGCUGGAGAAGCCCCUGAAGGUGGAGAUGGAAAGCUUCCUCAUGGAUCUGCAGAGCGGGCUCCCUGUCUCGUGCGCAGAAUCCCACCCCUCUCCGCCCAAGGAUGGGCUGGAACACCAGCCAUCCCUGGAUGACCUCUCCGGGGAGCACCUCCUGUCCAAGAGCCCGGCCAUCAUCGCCGAGUCUCUCUGCGCUGCUAAUAUGGACUUCUCCCACCUGCUGGGCUUCCUGCCACUGAACCUUCCGCCAUAUAACCCCCCGAUGUCCUCCAGCGGGCUGGUCAUGGGCUACUCCUCCCAGGGCGAUCCCCAGCCGCCUCUAACCUCUUUGCAACCUCAACCUCAAGAGACUCAAGGCUCUGUAAGCAGCUUAAGCCUUGGGCCUCUCCACCCUCUGCCUCCAGUGUUCACCAGCAGCCUCAGUACAACCACUCUGCCUCGCUUUCACCAGGCGUUUCAGUAGGCCACCUCCUCCUGACGGCAACCUCCCCUUGAAAAGACAAACGCUUAGAAGCCUUAAUUAAAGCUCCCAAAGCUUUUCUCCGAGGCAUGGGAGGACAGCUACGCCUUCUCGCCGAGGAGCUUUCAUUAGGGUUUUUCUUUUCCUCUUCAGCUAGAUGGCAGCAUUGGCAUGUCGAUUAAGGAGGUACGGUACUGUAAUAUGGUAAAAGACUAGUUAUGAGAGAGUCAUAUCCUUUGGUUUUUCGAGGGAGCAUGACGCGUUUGGAGUGAGUUAAGCAAGGAUCUGAUUUUUUAGAGUUUUUUUUUUCUUCAAAUGUGAAAUAUGCCACCUGCAGUUUCUCUUCCUCUCCUGUGUCUCAGGCACUUCUUUGCAAGCUGAUAUUCUGAGGUGCAGACAGGCUCCCCUUCACAUUGCCAGCGGGGAAAUUUGUGAAGGGCCUGAAAGCAAAUUUUCUGGAAGGUUUCAUCCGUGGUCGGUUUGCUUACUAUGUUGUACAUCUUGUAUCUCAGCAAUACACCACUCCGACAUGCAUAUUUCUUCUUCUGAGGGCAGUAUGGAAACAGAAGCUGCAGAAAUUAAUGGGAGUUUUGGUCUUAAUAAGAAGAAGCACUUUUCUGAAGGAGGCACUUCAUGCAUUUUAUUUAAAGAAUGCAACCCAAAAAUAAUCAUACUACUGUAUGUGUAUGCAUGUACAGCUGUAUGUGUACUAUGUGAAUAAUAAGGAGGGGCAGCUUCAAUUUCUGUUAAAGCAAAACAGAAGCGUGAUCUAGGCAUGCAGUCCGAAGCUAGUGGAGGCCAGGGGAGAAAACACUCCAUUUGCUUUCAGUCUUUUGCUGGUUAGAGUUCACAUUCUAUUCUGGUUCAAUCCCUGACUCUGCCACUCACUCACUCACUUUGUGUCAUUGUGACUGAACUCUGCACGAGUCCAAAAGGCCAGGGUCCAUUGCACUGGGCACCAGUGAAAAUGGCUGAAGAGCACACUUUCCAAUCCCUGGGUCUCCGUUAGGUGCUUUGGAUAAAAACAUUAGUGAAAUGACAAAUUCUAAAAUUGCAUAUUCGCAACUAAAAAUACUCUGGCUUUAAAGGUUUAAAUGUCUUCAGUAUUAGCACAGGCUUCAAUUACUGUGCUGUGUUGUUGAACGGAGACUUUGUCUUAAUUCUGGUGGUGUUGCCCUUGUAACAUACUUGUUAGGGCGAGGAGACAAACCAGAUAUUUUUAGUUGACACGUUGGGAUUGUUGAUGAAGCCUGGCCGUAAUGUACUGCCUGUCUGCAUUGCUUUGUGGUGUUAAUGAUAGCUUCAUUAGCAUUGCAGAGUCAGUAAACUUAGAAACUUAUGCUGAGGUCUUCAUCUCAAGUAACAAGGGCAGCAUGUUACUUUAUUUGUGAACAAGUCAAUAUGGUGCUAACUUUAUCUGGACUUAUAGAGAAGGAAAGCUGCCUGUUUUGUAAAUUAGAAUGAUGCCUUUUCACAAAACCUUCAAAACCUGUUUGCUGUAUAAUGACAAGGAAAACUGGAGAACAGCUUUAAAAUAGCCUUAAACUUUCCAGAUAACAUUCACGUCAAAUGCAGGGUAGUUCUUAUGUGCUGGGAAACAAAUGUUGUAUUGAUGGCUGAAUUUCUGGGCAUUUCCCCGUGAAUUGGACAGAAUUCCAUCUGCUGUAUACUGCCUUCUGUAAUGUUUCCUUCGAAAUAUUUUAAGUAACCAUUGUAAAGUGUCACAAGACAAAACUCCACAUUAAUGACUUAAUUCACUGCAAUCUUACUGAGAGAGUAUUUCAGUGUCUCACAGUUUGAAUCCAAGGUCUUCUUACAUAUAUAAACAUACAGCAUAGAGUUUCAAAAAGUCCUUCUCCCAAGAGUAGAAUUGAUCUACAUCCAGCUGUUUUUUCCUAACUAGUUGUCUUCAUUCUGACACUAAUUUUUACAAAAGUAAAAAUCCUUAAGAUCUGUGUGUCUUUUGACACUCUGCCUUGUAUUAUAUAUAUUUAAAUCUAGGCAGUUUUAGGCAUUUGUUUUAAUAACCCUGACAUAUGUGAAUAGUUAAACAGAAACAUUUUAAGAACAUUUUGCAGUGUACGAACAAAAAUAUAUCUAAAUGACUUUUUUCAGUAAAAUUGAAUAUAGUUAGUUGUAUAAAGUGUUUUUAUACUGGUGUUCAUUCAAGUUUACAUACGUGUGUCAUACAUGUACUGGUCUAAAGAUGGAUGAAGCAAUAGAUGUCUGUGAUAGGCUUUUCUCUUUAACCUUUCAUUCAUAGGAGCUAAAUUAGAGCAAACGUGAUUUGUGAAUUAACAGGUAUACAAUUGCAUAACGAGGACUAUAAUGUGCUUAACUUUAAGAGAGUCAUUUUUCUUUCCUCCCAUGGGGAAUGUAAAUACCAGCCCCAUCAGAGUACAGAAUGAAGACCCCAUUUGAUUGAUGAAGUGUGGUCUAGUACAAGAGACAUAUUCCUUUUAAAUGAAACUAUUAUUAAAUUAAUUGACAAAAAGGGCAUUCAGGCAUCUAGAACGUGCCUUUUGCUGUUCAUGAGAAUGAAGGAAAGCUGAUUACAGGUAAUCAAAGUUCUGAAAAGUAGGAAUGAGAAAAGUCUUAAAGAAGUCUUAUUUCUUCCGAUAAAGCUAAGCUAAAUUGGUUUCCUGUGAUAUUUAUUUGAGUACCCACGACGUACAGCAAGUUAUUCACAUCACUGGAUCACAUUUGCUCUCACAAACCUGAACCUGAAGUAUUGUAUAUAACAUUUAUGUACCAUUGGAAACCCAUUAGGAAACCACUACUGGUUUUAUGAGUACAGCCCUUCACUUAAAAAACUGAAACCCCACUAUUACUUUACUGCUGCUUCAAGUAUGCUUAAACAGAUAUUUUAUUUAAUGUACAUUGUCUUUUCAUUCUGUUUCUAUGGCUGCUUUAAUUCAAGAGCAUAAUGACAAAGUUGUACAAUACCAAGAUCACGCAAUGAUAACUCAGAAACACAAAACAAAAAAAUCUAAUAGGCAGUACUGUUGAGUUUUAUAUAUGGAUUUCUCUUUUUCUUCUGUUUAUUAUACAGGACCUCAGAACAACAACACACCACCUCAUGAGAAUUUAUUACUAACAAUCUAGGAGGAAAAACCGAAUAGGGAGGGGUGGUGAUGUGGCAUUCAGCAUUGCUGCCUCACAGCUCUGGGGUCCUGGGUUUGAUUCCAAACUGGGACACUUCCUGUGUGGAGUUUGCAUGUUCUCCACCAUGUUAUGAUGGGUUUUGCUUACGUUUCCUCCCAUCUUCCAAAGAUUUGCUGGCUGUUGUGUGUCCUAAACUUACUGUGAUACCCUGACAUCCAGUUUGUAGUUCCGCCUUGUAUCCUAUGUAACUGUGAUGGGUAAUCAAUGGCCACCGGGAGUAAAAUAGUUUUCCGAUAAUGGACUUGAUUUAAAAAAGCAACAUAGAGUUGCAUCUUGAAAGAUAUUUACUGUAUCUUAUAAUUGAUGCAUGCUGCAUUUGUCUUUACUGAAUGAAGAUUCUGCCCUUUCUCCUCAGACAAAAAACUGAUACGAUAGUAAGUAAAGAACCCUCUCUCCAGACAGCUGCCCUCUCAAGGCUGAUAUUUCCAUGAUUCUUAUCUGUGGGUCUGGGAAAAGGCACAGAGAACAGAUCCAAUCCAGAACAGAUCAAGGGUCUGCCACAGUUUGAGCUUAUGUUCCCAAGGGACAGGGAUGGUCCUGUGUUAUUGACCUGGUCCACACUGCUUCCUGUGUUUCUGAAUUGUCAUCUCCACUUGAUUUCUAUUUUUCACAGUGUUGAUUUACUAUCAUGUUAAUUUUGUUGAGAAUUUCCAGGUGUGGUCAGUCGACAGUUUCAACGCACUCUGUUGCAGUGUUUUAGAAGUAAACUAGAGGUAUAUUAAAGAUUAAAUGCAGCAGGAUCUUCACAUUCAUUGCUAAGCAAAAGGGAGGGUUUAUAAGACCAUGCCUUUACAGACCGUGACUAGGAUAUUUAGGGCUGUCAUAUUUUUAAUCUAAAAAGUGUUUGGUGUUUCUAAGUCUCCCAAACAUGCAAGAACUACUUCUUUAGCUAUGUGAGGUCAUUAGCUAUUCUGUUUUUCCUCCUAAGGUUUCUGUGAGCUUGUCUGAACUCUAGCACUUUCAAAAUUCAGAAGGAGUAUUUCUUUUAAAAAGAGGUAUUUUUAAUCUUGUACAUUUACGUGCCAUUAACAGAUUUAUGAUUCCACGCGUUUUCCUUUUUACAAAAAAAAUACUUGGACAUAAAAUAGGUUUUAACGGUGCUGUUUCCUUCUUGCAUAUAAGGGUGCCUUUUGCUCUAGAGUUGGCAGGCUGAGAGAAAACAAACUAUGACAUAAAUGGCUCCUCAAACGUCUUAUCGCAUCAAGUUGAAAAUGAAAAUUCAGUUUCACUGUAAUGUUGUAAUUCAGAUUUGUAAAGAUUCCAUGAAUGUCUGCAUAAAACUCCCUAGAACGUAGUUGCAAAGAACGCAGCCUUUUCUGCCCUGGAACUCAAUUAAAAAUAUAUAUUUUUGGGAAUUUCAGUAUACUCUACUUCUUUAUCUUACAGUUCUCUGCUGUAACCUGUGGCGCAGUGCAGGACUAUACCGGCUGUGGGUUUUUAAAGGUCUUCCUAGUAAAACUGAGGGGGAGAGAACUCUGCCCCCUUCCCCAUGACUGCACCCACGAUUGUAGACUCUGAUCGUUGUAGUACACCAUUAAAGUCCUCAAAGAACUCGAAAGAGAAUAAGAACAAUAAAAGCAACAAAGGAGUAGAUCUGAAGUUGAAUUAACCCUUAGUCAAGUUUAAAACAGACAACAAAAAGACUAAUGAAAAUUCCUUGCAAGAAAACUAGGGUAUACUUCUAUAAACCAAACUAAAAUUAAAAUUCAAGUGGGCGUUUGCUUUGCAGUAUUGCAUUCAAGCUUGUUUGAAGAUAGAGAGACCAUGCCAAAAAUAAAGCUAGAAUACACUAAUCUGUGUGAUGGAGAAGUGACGGCUAUUUCAGUGUCCCCCUAUGUCACUUCAGAUACCAAUAAUUUUAAUUGUCUAGAGAUGAUACAGCCUUAGCUGCAUAUCAGUCCUCGUAGGGGGUGAGAUAGGGUUCAGAAAAGUGCUUUACUGAUGAGAUGAUGACUCAAUGAAGCCCUUUUCUGUGAUUUCUUACCAUGCACAAAACUAAAUCUUUCCUAGCAUGGGUCUAAAUUAGUGAGAGCAGUUUUCUGUACAUCUGUCUUGUUUUGUUUCAGCCAGUUAUAACCUCCAUGUACUUAUUAGUACUGCACUUACUCUUAAAAUAUUGUACUAGUAGGUACAGAACACAUCUUGAAGGGAAUAAAGUGAAUUCCAGGAAGAAAAUCAGAUUUAAAAAACUAAAAACAACUAUAUAUAUAUAUGUGAUAUUGAUUUUGCUUUAUUAUGAGAAACUGGGUACUGUCUAUUAAAGACAAAAUCCAUGUGUAGUUUUAUAUAUUUUAGCUUAAUGUUAAGUCUUGCAUUCCAAGUUCUUUAUGUAUCUUUAGUAACUAGUUUUUAGUAUGCUCUAUUACUGCCACCUCAGAAAAAAGUGAAAGAAAACAAAAGGUGUUUUGUGUUCAUCCUACACUAUUUUUAUAUAGCAUGGUAUUUACAUACUACAGGGAAAUUGUAAAAAAUCCUUCAGAGAGAGGAAGAACGUUUUAUAAGAAAGAUGUCUUCUUUUUUUUGUGCUCAAAAAGGUUCCACAUACAAUCAGUUGCUGCAAUGUAAAAUGACAGAUUUUUUUUUUAUAUUGGUUGAUCCAAAGAAAAAAGCUACAGCAAACAUAUUUACUUAUUGUACAGAACGUUGUACUUUUUAACUUUUAAUGUGUUAUGGUAAAAAUGAUUAAAAUACAAACAUGGUUCAAUGCUUUUGUCUUUUUUAAAAAAGAAAACACGUAAACACUUCAGAUUCCUGAGUUGGGGACGAGGGGCUGACAAUGUCUAAUUGAUAGCUUGGAUUUAGGGUGGUCUGAAAAGGCUUGCAUAUUUUGCUGUAAUGCUGAAGACCCCAACUGGUGAAACUGCAGGACCCAACU